GGCUUAAUUGAAAUUUUCUUUUUUUACAGAUUACCAUCCAGUUAACAGUUAUCCCGGCUAUCCGAUGAACCCGACAAACGGCAUGGACACAGAAGAUGUCGAGUCCACUUCCAGCAGCGCAAUGUCCAGACUUGGCACACUUUUUUCAUUCACAUCGCCCGCAGUGAAGAAGCUGUUAGGCUGGAAACAGGGUGACGAGGAAGAGAAAUGGGCAGAAAAAGCAGUUGACAGUUUAGUGAAAAAGUUAAAGAAACGCAAAGGCGCAAUUGAGGAAUUGGAGCGUGCAUUAUCCUGCCCAGGUCAGCCAUCGAAAUGCGUAACAAUCCCACGUUCGUUAGAUGGUCGCUUACAGGUCUCCCAUCGCAAAGGGCUGCCACAUGUCAUCUAUUGUCGCGUUUGGCGUUGGCCAGAUUUACAAUCACAUCAUGAAUUAAAACCUCUAGAUAUCUGUCAGUACCCAUUCAGCGCCAAACAAAAAGAAGUUUGCAUCAAUCCCUAUCACUAUAAACGCGUUGAGAGCCCUGUACUGCCGCCGGUGUUGGUACCACGUCAUUCAGAAUUCGCACCGGGCUAUUCCAUGCUUCAGUUCAAUCAAUCGAUGUCUGAGCCGCCAAUUCCACCCAAUGUAAACUACUCUAACAAUGGAUUCAACAAUAUGAGCCCUAAUAGUCCGCCUCUAACAUCAGCUGGUAGUCCUAGCACGGUCAACUCAAACCCUAACUCACCAUACGGCAGUUUGGCAGGCACACCGCCACCGGCUUACAGUCCUUCAGAGGAUGGUAAUUCGAACAAUCCAAAUGAUGGCACACAAUUGAUCGAUGCUCAGAUGGGCGAUGUGGCCCAGGUGAGCUAUUCAGAGCCAGCAUUUUGGGCCUCAAUUGCCUACUAUGAGCUCAAUUGCCGGGUGGGUGAAGUAUUCCACUGCAAUAAUAAUUCAGUCAUCGUCGACGGUUUUACGAAUCCAUCAAACAAUUCGGAUCGAUGCUGCUUGGGGCAAUUAAGCAAUGUAAAUCGUAACAGUACCAUAGAAAAUACACGCCGUCACAUAGGAAAGGGCGUGCACCUUUAUUACGUAGCUGGCGAAGUCUAUGCCGAAUGUCUAUCAGACUCGGCUAUAUUUGUGCAAUCGCGAAACUGCAAUUAUCAUCAUGGCUUCCAUCCGAGUACUGUGUGCAAGAUACCGCCAGGUUGUUCUUUGAAGAUUUUCAAUAAUCAAGAGUUUGCUCAACUUUUAUCGCAAUCAGUGAAUAAUGGCUUUGAGGCGGUUUACGAAUUAACGAAGAUGUGCACAAUCCGUAUGAGUUUUGUAAAGGGCUGGGGCGCUGAAUAUCAUAGACAAGAUGUGACUUCCACACCUUGCUGGAUAGAAAUACAUUUGCAUGGACCACUACAGUGGUUGGACAAAGUGCUGACGCAAAUGGGUUCGCCCCACAACGCCAUUAGUUCCGUAUCAUAAAAGGAAGAUGUUGGCAUUUGAUGACAUUUCAUACAAUAGUAGUCUAAUAUUUUCAUUAAUUAUGAUUUUUUUCAUUUAAUGAGUGGAUUUGUAUCGCUUUAUUUUUUUUUAUUAUUACCUUCUCUAUAUAUUAGUUUAUUUUAAGUUUUACAAUCGAUGUGCAAAUUUUGAUCUUCCCAUUAAUUAUAAAUAAUUUUUGUUGGUAUAUUUUAUUAUAAAAGAAAUUCUUUUAUGUGGCGUAGGUUUGUCAUUCCUAUUAUAUAAAUUAAAAAUUUAAGUGAGAAAAGUGUCAUAGAAUCGGUUUAAGUUGAGGACAAAAUAGUUAAACACUAACCAAGAAAUAAUUUUCAUGAAUUAUUCAACGUUUCCUAAAGAUUGAUUGCCUUAAAAUUUAUUUUAAAAUUUAAUUUAAUUAUUAAGCUGCAUGUACCGCUUUUUAGGAUAAAAGCGGAUAAUUUACCAUCAACAUAUUUCUUUAAAGAUGUUCUACAUUAUGUUUAUUAUUAUUUUUUUGAACUUUUCUAUACCUGUAAUGAAUUACUACAACGUUUUUGUGGACAGCUUUUAUAACGAUUUGUUUUCAGAUAUCAUAAAGUACAUAAAACACGUGAAUGUUUUAAAAUAUUUCGUGAUUAUGCUCUUCACAUCGGAACAGAUUAGUAGCCGUAUAUAAUUUUGGAUAACUGAUUGUUUGCAUCGAAACUUUGCUUUGUACUAUUACGACAUAAAAAUGAGCGAACAUAGAAAUAGGAUGAAACCUCUCUAUUAUUUUGGUUUCUUUUAGAUAUGAAAUGCAUCCACCCAAAAGUACAUUUAAAAUAUUUUUACAAUAUUACAAAACCACCAAUUUAGGAUAAUUUUCAAAAUCGUUUUUGUUUGCCAAGAAAAACGAGUAUGCAACCGUUUUCAUUGUAUUGUCUAAAAAUAAAAGUUUAUUAUUUCAAAUUAAAUACGUA